GGGCGGCUGCCGCCCAGCUCCACCUACGAGAAGCUGCUGGGGCUGCGGGGCGGCGUGGAGGCGGGCGUGCAGGCCAGCUGCAUGCAGGAGCGCGCCAUCCAGACGGACUUUGCGCACUGCCAGCCCGACCUGGACACCCUCCUGGAGAAGGUGAUGAAAUCCCAAGCGUGCAGCUUGGGCAGCCCCACCUCAGUUUGGGUGUCCGAGAUGGAAGACGUGGCGCCGGGCUGCGAGAUGCCGAACCCCGCCGGGGUUAUGGACCUGGAGCCCGAGGACGGGGAGGUGCCACACAACCCCACCGUGCAGCAGCCCCCCAGCGCCGGCCCUUCGGUGGCCAUCGCCUGCGCGCCCGAGGAGGACGCGACAGCGGAGCCGGGCUGCGACGGCGCUCCAUCCAAGAGCUAUUGGAGCCGCCACUUCAUCGUGGAUCUGCUG